ACGAACACGCCGCUCCCCUCUCUCUCUCCUCCGUUUCUCACUCCUCCCUCCUUCGCUCUCAAAUCGUCCAGUUUUUCUCCGCAGAAUUCGAAGAUAUAAGCGCAAUAACCCACCAUACGAAGAACAAGAAACGAAUCUUAUUUGGAAGUUUUACCAGGGGAGAUUUUUUCCAAUUUGAUUUCGAUUUCGAUUUCGUUUAUUUGGGUUUAUUUCUUAUGUAAUGCAUCAGAAGAAAUCGGAAGUUCAGAUCGGAAAAGAAAGCAGCGGCGUCUCUUCCGAUUUCAAUCCAACCCCUCCUCUGUUUUUCCCGUCUUCAAUUUCGAUUCAUCAGAAACACCCACCGCAAUCGCACUCGCAAUCCCAUCAAUCGGAGCAAUUGGUGGAUCAAUCUUUUGUUCCUUAUACGUCUUUCACGACCCCUCAAAUUCUUGUUGAAACCCCGCCGAAUCAUGACCCGAUUGUUCCCUCGCCGUCGUCUUCUUCGUCUACUGCGCCUUAUAAGAGACCCCUCUUGACCCAUAAUCACUCCUCUCUCACUAAAUCACCGACUCUGUAUCGUCUCCCUUCCACCCCUCAAUUCAAUUCCAUCAAUCCCUCUUUCUUUUCCGUCUCUUUGGCCGUUCGGAGUGCUGCUUUCCGGUUGCUCCGGCGGCUCAAGCAGCUUCGCCGGCUCCGCGUUCAUUUGCGGUUGAUUCUUUUGUUUUCUCUUCCGUUUUUCUAUUUCUUGGUUUCCCAUCCAACCCAUUCUUUUUUCCUCGAUUUCCUUUCGGCUUUUGCUUUCUCUUCUGCUUUAUUGUUCUCUCUUAAUCUCGCCGUCCCUCGGCUUCCUUCCAUACGCUUGUUCCUCGCCCGCUCUUUCCCGGUGAAGCUCAUUUCGUCGUCUUCAACAACUAGAACGCAUGUGCCGGUUUUCUGGUCAAUUGGGUCUCGGUCAAAAUCCGAGAAGAGAUUGAAUUCCGGUUGUUGGGUUCAGGUCUACAGCGAUGGGGACGUUUAUGAAGGUGAGUUUCAUAAGGGGAAGUGCUCAGGGAGUGGAGUUUAUUAUUACUAUAUGAGUGGUAGAUAUGAAGGAGAUUGGGUUGAUGGGAAGUAUGAUGGAUAUGGAGUUGAGACAUGGGCCAAAGGAAGCCGAUACCGUGGACAGUACAGGCAGGGCCUCCGGCAUGGAUUCGGGAUGUAUAGGUUUUACACCGGAGAUGUUUACGCCGGCGAAUGGUCCAACGGGCAGAGCCAUGGGUGUGGAGUUCAUACCUGCGAUGAUGGGAGCCGAUUCGUCGGGGAAUUCAAGUGGGGUGUCAAACAUGGGCUUGGCCAUUACCAUUUCAGAAAUGGGGAUACAUAUGCUGGUGAAUAUUUUGCGGACAAAAUGCAUGGAUUUGGGGUCUAUCAGUUUGCCAAUGGACAUCGGUAUGAGGGGGCCUGGCACGAAGGCAGUAGGCAAGGACUUGGAAUGUAUACAUAUAGAAAUGGAGAAACCCAAUCCGGUCACUGGCACAACGGGAUUCUCGACAUUCCAAGCACUCAGAACUCCACUUAUCCAGUAUCCCCUGUUGCUGUUUACCAUUCCAAAGUGCUGAAUGCAGUGCAGGAAGCAAGACGAGCAGCUGAGAAAGCCUACGAUGUGGGCAAAGUGGAUGAAAGGGUGAAUCGGGCAGUAGCAGCGGCAAAUAGAUCGGCCAAUGCAGCUAGAGUAGCAGCAGUCAAAGCAGUACAAAAGCAAAUGCACCGUGGCAGAAACAACCACGACAACAUUCCAGUUCCAAUUGUCUGAGUUUGUCUGAAUAUCUGCAGGAGCAGUUCAUCGGUUAAUAACCUCGUAGGAAGGUUCGUCCAGUUUCUGUUCAGUUUCGUUUGUCUCGCCUUACUUUUUAGCUCGUGUGUUGAGAAGAGGGAUUGGAUAUGGGAAACUGAAAAGGAGCUGAAAUAGCUAGGAUUGAACUGCAUUAACAUUGCCUAAUGAGAGAGAGAGAGAGAGAGAGAGAGAGAGGAUAAAAUAUGCAUAUGGUAAACUAAUUUUACACUUUGUUCCAUUUUUGUAAAGAUGAGAGGAAAGGAAGGUAAGAUGAAGGGAAUGAAAAUCAGUGCUGGAAAUGGAUGAAGGUGUCAUCCCAAAAGCCAUGUUGUAUUUGUGUUUGUUGGAAUUGUUCUUCUUCACUAUCAUAAAAUUGUUUAUAGGUUACACUA